AAAAAGUUGGGGCUCACGGAUAAAAACUAUAUUUGGAUAGUUACUCAGCCUGUGAUAGGAGAACUAAAUGAAGCUCCUCCUUCUUUUCCUGCUGGAAUGCUAGGUGUUCAUUUUCCUACCGAUACUCUCGCACUUAUCAGAGAGAUCAAUACAGCGCUCAGCGUGUUCUCCCACGGACUCAAUAAUCUGUAUCUAGAUAGAAUACCGGACUCAGAGAAACUAGAGAUGCUUCAACCCAAUGUGUCCUGUCAGGAUCAUGGAGCUGUAAAAUGGCCUGGGGGCAGGAAGCUCCACAAAUAUCUAGCAGCAGUCAAGAUAAGAGGGUCUAGGUCGGACCAAGAUUUCGAAUUCAACAACGAUGGAUCAUUGAAAAAUGUCGAGCUUAAGGUUAUGAACCUACGGCCUCGAGGCCAGGGUAUGGUAGAGGAUGGUGCAAUGAUGUGGGAAGAGAUUGGGGUUUGGAAAUCUCUUAAUGCUGAGAAGAUUAACAUAAAGGAUAUUGUAUGGCCAGGAAAUGCUUUAAAACCUCCUGAAGGUGUUCCUGAGAGGAGAUUCCUUACAAUUACAUUUCUUGAGGAACCUCCCUAUAUCAACCUGAGCCCGCCCACUGCUUGUUCAUCAACUAAAGGAGCUGUAUGCCAGAUGGUUCCUGACUCACACCUAGCUACUGUAAACAUUACAGAGGAGAUGAAGAAUCCCAACUCUACCAUGUUUCAGUGCUGUUCAGGUUUUUGUGUUGAUUUGCUUCGAAAGUUUUCAGCUGAUUUAUCCUUCGACUAUGCUCUCAAGCGUGUUAAGGACGGACAAUGGGGAGGUAUCCAGAACGGGACCUGGAACGGGUUGGUGGCGGAGCUGAUCAAGCACGAGACGGAUAUGGUUCUCACCUCCCUCAAGAUUAACUCUGGGAGGGAGAGCGUCAUCGACUUCUCCAUACCCUUCCUGGAGACGGGGAUAACAAUUCUUGUCUCGAAAAGAACGGGAAUUAUUUCUCCGACAGCGUUUUUGGAACCUUUUGAUUUUGCCUCCUGGAUGCUAGUUGUGGUGGUUACAGUUCAGGUUGCUGCAACUUCAAUAUUUCUGUUUGAAUGGCUCUCCCCGCACGGCUACAAUAUGAAACAGACACACUCUCAGGGAAGGUUCUCGUAUGUUCGAACCCUGUGGUUGGUGUGGGUAGUUCUGUUCAAGGCUGCUGUUAAUGUAGACUGCCCACAGGAAAUAAUACUUUUGCUUCAGUAUAUAUUUGCUCUAUUUGCUCUGAUAUUCCUGGCUAUAUAUACAGCUAACCUAGCAGCAUUCAUGAUAACAAGGGAGGAGUACUAUGAUCUCUCAGGAGUAGAGGAUAUAAGGCUAUCCAACCCGUACUCUCACCACCCAGUAUUCCGAUUUGGUACAAUUCCUAACGGUGCAACAGAUUUCGUCAUGAAGAACAAUUUCCCGGAGAUGCACAUGUACAUGAAGAAGUUCAGCAGGAAAACUGUCAAGGAGGGAACCAUGGCUGUCAAAUCUGGAGCUUUAGAUGCAUUUAUCUAUGAUGCAACAGUGCUAGAGUAUCUAGUAGGACAGGAUGAUGAGUGUAAUAUACUAACUGUUGGAUCCUGGUACGCUAUGACUGGAUACGGGUUAGCUUUCCCCAAGUCCUCAAAAUGGAUUCCAAUGUUCAACGAAUAUCUGAUGAUUUACAGAGAGAACGGUGAUCUAGAGAGGCUUCAGAGAUUUUGGUUUACUGGUGCAUGCAAACCUGGAGAGAGAAAACGAUCUUCUAGCAAACCUUUAGCAUUAGCUCAGUUUAUGUCUGCCUUUAUCCUGCUUGGGAGUGGAGCCUGCGUAUCCGUUCUUUUCCUUAUAAUAGAACAUUUCUAUUAUAGGUACAUGAGAAGAUGGAUGGGAAACUUCUGCAUAGAUCAUGAGUGGUGGAAUCUAGUCUCAUUAUCCAUGGCAACAUCUAUACGCAAGGACAAGGAAUCUAGAGAAGAAUGUGCCUGUAAGAAUCCAAACUGUAAAAAGCGUUUAGUUACAGCAGAGAGAGAUUUGAAACUUGCUCAGGCUCAGGUGGAGGAGCUAAAAAUCAAACUUCAAGCCCUGGACUGUGAUGAACCAAGUGUAACGGAUAAACUACUAGAUCCUCCCUCCUCUAGAGAUUUGAGGUUUGUGAACCCAUUACAUGGUGAGUAUGGUGGGUGGACCCCAGAAUCAGUCCAGGAUGAGAUCGGGUUUGAUAGUGCAGAUUCGGCGGACUUCCUGGAGGCAAGGGUCGGGUUUGAGGAGAUAGAAACAGUUCUCUAGUUGAUAAAAGUUAUUAUACAGGGUGUCCCAUUAAACAUGGGAAUUCAGUGAUGAAUUAGAGAUAGUCUUUAAUAAAAAUUAGUAUUGUAAUACCUGAUUUAAAAAUCCAUAAUAGUAAAAAAUAUUUGUCUGCUAGAGUUUAUUCUAUUUAAACGGUAAAUGUCUGUAAAGAUGUGUCUUUACUCUUUAAUGUUUUUACAAGAUUAACAGUGUAGAUGUACAAUUGUUUACUCUCAAAAUAUUACUUAUUUCACCUUUCUCAGUAGGUACAGGGUGUCCCACGAAACAUGACAGUUGGUAAAUAGUUUUGA